UAAAAUGUAGAAAGAAAACUGCAAACACUGACAUACUGUUUCUGGAGGUAGGGAUCUACUAAAUCAUGAAUUUCUACGGACGGCCACCAUAUUGGAACAGGCCUCCUGAUCCUAUGUUCCUGCACCGUGAGACUCAGAGGUUUCACCAAAUGAAACAAGAAGCUCAACAGGCCCUGAACAAGAACAGAUUACGUCAGGCAGCAGCAUUGUACACGGAGGCCCUGCAAAUUGCACAGGCAUUCCCCCAUCUUAUGCAGGAGAUGCCCAAAAUUCUCAGCAACAGGUCCUUGGUUUUCUACAGACAGAGGGAAUGGAAACGAGCUUUAGACGAUGCCAAUGCCAGCAUUCAAAUAGACCCUCUCUGGAUAAAGGGAUACUGGCGUGCAGCUCAGGCCAACAAGGAACUGAAACAGCUGGGAACAGCACUGGAUGCUUCUAUAGGGGGAUAUAACGUGGCUCUCUCACAGGGGCAGGAGGAGGAAGUGAUCAGUUUCCUAGCAGAAAUUGUCACCAUUAUUGUGUCCCUCAGAUAUGACCCAAAUCAUGUGUUAGAAGCUGCUGAGAUUCACCCAGGAUCCAUUCAAAACCAAAGAAAGCUUCUUCAGCGCUUGGCCAAUAAUAAUUGCUGGGAGGGGAUAAGUUUGUUGGUGCUGGGGGUCCAUGCAGGGCCCCCCAGUUCUCUGGAUGCUGCUGCUGCCAGUUGCCCUGUAGAUAACCUAUCGGUAGGAACACUGCUGAAGACCACGCCCACUUCUGACCUCAAAAGAUUUGGUGUAGAACUAGCGAUAUGUCUUCUGAAGAGUGGGGCAUCAUAUGAGGAUAUAGAACAGAAGAUGGGAAAACCAGUUAUUCAUGUUGGUCUAACAGUUGCAUUAGAUACAGGCAAUAUUCACCUGAUAAAACUGAUGUUCAGUCAGUAUUUGAAAACACCAGAAGAAAAAGAUGCUGUCGAUGAUAAGAAGAAAACAGCUUACCAUAUACUAGUGCAUUCUGGGAAAAUCAAUGGUUCGCUUGGAGAAACUCUGCUUCGGCUUCUGAUGAACAAUGGAUGUCGUCCAUCCAUCCCUGAUGCUGAUGGCAAACUACCCAUAGACUACCUCACACCAACAGAUAUGGGGUAUAGUCUUCUGUCAAACAUCACAAAUGUAGCAGGAAACCAUGUGAAAGUCAAAAUUCUGCAUUUAAAAGAGCAAGGAAACGCAGCGUUUAAGAACAAGGAAUUGGAGGAAGCCAUUUUUUUCUAUAGCCGAGCAAUAACAAUGGCCAAAGAUUAUGAAAAUUUGACUCGUGAGACAGUCACCUUGCUGACAAACAGAGCAGCUGUUCACUUGGCCUUACACAGUAUAACGGAGGCAUUAGAAGAUGCAGAGGAGGCCGUGAAAUGUGAUCCCUCCUGGCUAAAGGGACACUGGAGGCGUGGUCAAAUUUUAAGUCAAUUAAAGAAGCACAGGGAAGCUUAUAGCGCCUUCCUAGAGGGGUACCGCAAAGGAGAGGGCACUGCUGCAGAAAAACGUAACAUUCUGGUAGAGGCCGUCACAGCAUUCCAGCACAUCAAAGGACAGCAGGAUCUGGAAACCAGUUACAAGGGCCUUAGUAAGGUAACCAAUGAUGUAUGGGCAGAUGUUCUGACCAGACUCAGUGUUAGAGGAGAGUGGGAAGCCAUUAGAUUCCUGGUUCUGGGGAUCAACUUCAUGUUUGGUGGUGGGCAAGUAAUGGCCAUGGGUUUUGCCAGAGAUGCUGAUAUGCAGGGUAUCACAUAUAAAACCCUCUUCCCAUUCCUUGAGAGACAGGAAGAUCCAGCCUCUGUGAAUUUCUGGAUAACUCCUCUUGUGCUCUUCCUCAUUACACACAGAGGAAACCUGGACAGUUUACUGAGGUUCCGAGAAUCAGAUGAGGACACACCCCUCCACGCUGCUACCAGAUUCUGUGUCCUCACAGGAGACACGGUUAUACUUAAAAGCAUGCCAAACAAUCCUCAGAUGAUAACAGUUGUAAAUGGUAAGGGGGAUUCACCAUUCCACACCCUCCUGAAGAUGUCUCCUGCCCCCCAGGGAAAGAUCCUUACCUCUCUUGUCAAGCUUCUUCUACAGAAGGGAGUGUCCCCUGUUGAGCGGGAUAGAGACCAGCUUCUGCCUAUUGACUAUGUGGAUCCAAGCAAAAACAAAGGGGUGUAUGACAUACUCCUAAAAUAUGCCAAACCUACAGAAAAUGUCAAAUCAAAAAAGCCACCAGAAAACCCACAGAAAUCAACAGAAAAAGCAAAACCUGUAAAGCCCACAACAAGUGAACAGCAGGUGCCACAAACAUCUGCAACAAGCAAAGAUAAUCUGGUGGUUAAAGAUCUAAAAUCGCAGGCAAAUGAACUGUACAAGCAAGGCUGCAUUGAGGAGGCAUUAGAGAUGUAUUGUGAUUUGUUGGAUUACAUCUCAGAAGAGUGCGAACAUGAGGUAGAAAACCAUGAGAAAGCUGUGCUCUAUGGUAACAAAGCAGAAUGUUUGUUAAAAAUGGGUCAAUUUGAGGAAGCAUUAGAGGCUGCAGUGGAAAGUGUGGGCUUUGAUGGACAUUGGUUUAAGUCACACCUGAGAGUUGGCAAAGCAAAAGCAGCACUAGGGGAGUUCAGUGUCGCCAUUCAAGCUUUUGGUAAUGCCUGUAAUGAAUUGGAGGAAACACCAGCAAAUCUGGUCGUUCGAAGGGAGAUUCUGGGAGAAUUGACAAGAAUUGCUCCUAAAGCUGGACAGAUUCCAUUGCUGGAUUUAAAAGGCUGUGGAAAACAGGUUUGGGCCCUGACCUCGUACGACUUAAUAUGUAGUGAACAGUGGAUAUCGGCCAGAUUUGCUUAUUUACAACAUUGCCAAAAGACAAUCAGUAUGGAUUUAUACCAUGAGGUUAAGGUCAGUCUGCAGCCUUUGUGUGUCCUUGACAAGGUGGUUACAGAGCAGUGGGUGAUGGAUCUGAUACUCUACUUAAUACAAACAGGAAGUGACUACCAUACAUUGUCAGUUGAGAAAUUUGACACUUACUUCCAUGCUGCUGUUAGGAUGUCCUUGGUGACUGGUAUCCUUGACCUCUUUGCAUUCAUUUUGGAGAAAGUAAAGGAGAAUGGUGACCUAAAUUUACAAGACAAGUAUGGAAAUACGGCUCUCCAUGUGGCUGCAAAGGAAGAAGACACCAAACCACAAAUUCGUCUUCAGGUCAUUUAUCUUUUGGUGGAGAUGGACAUCAAUGUACUGAAGAAAAACAAAGCUGGGAAAUAUGCCGUUCAGUAUGUACCAGGCAAGGAAAUUCAGGCCAUUACAUUGCUUCAUCAAAAGAUGGCACAGCAAGAAGAAAUGGAGAAUAUACUGAAGAAGGAGAAAGCUAGACAAGAGAGAGAACGUGAGAAACAAGAGAAACAGAGACUGCAGGAGUUACAUCAACGUGAGAAACAAGAAAAACGAGAGGAGGCCGAGAGGAAGCGACAACUUCAAAGUCAGAGAAAAACUGAGGAAAGUACAAGGUAUAAACCAGUUAAGAAUAUGACAGCAGACUCGGCUUGUACUAACUACUGUGAGCAACGUAUAGAAGACGCAAAGGAGAAACUGAAGGAAAAUAACAUGAGACAUGGUUAUCAGUUCCUGGCAGAGGUAUUGAGGAAGGACCACAGAUCUGAAAAACACAAAAAGUUGGAAAAAACUGCUUUGGAAAUAGUGAUCAAGUCUCUUGGAAAGUCCCUCAACCCAGAAAUACCCGAGAAACUUGCUAAAAUACCAAAUAAACUGUAUGAGAAAAUCAUCCAAGGACUAGCAGAUAAUGAAAAAUGGAGACAGGUGUACAUUGCAGUCAAAGAAUACAGAAUUUAUUAUGGAGAGCUGGCUAUGCCCAAUUUUGCCAAGUCGAUGUCUGUGGCAAAAGUCAUUCGACAUUCCUCAUUUCAGGGAGCAGAGCAGUUGUUAGUUGAUAUUGUGGACUACAUGUUAAAUGGUGGAGCUGUUUUAGAAAAAGAUGGAAAAAUGGCCAUCCUUGCUGCAGUACAAGAGUGCCAAUUUAAAGUUUUAGAAGUCUUGUUUAAAUGGGAUGCUAGCCCUGUUCAUCUGACUAUCAACCAGGGAGACACGCCCAUUCAUGCUGCUUUGUCCAUUGCAUUGGAAAGAGACAAAGGAAAUUUUUCCAUCCUGAACUUAUUCUUUGAUAUGUAUGAGAAAGAUCCAGAGAAAUAUCCUAUGUUAGACCCUUCACAGACAAACACAGAAGGAGAUGGACUUUUUCAUCUGGUAGCCAAAGCUAAAUACAAUGCAACCACACAGAAAGCUACAGAAUUACUUUGUGACAAAAAAGUGAAUGCCUCCAUAUAUAAUGCAGAAGGGAAACUCCCCAAAGACUACCUCAACUCAAAGAAUGACAGAAGGUUACAGUUCUUUCGCCUGGCUUCAGUUGGAGGAGUUGUCAAACCAAAGAAGAAACAAAAACCCAAAAUUCCAAAAAUAGAUGACACUGGAACUCCUGAGAACCAAGAGGAGAGUGAGCAGGAUCUGAUGCUGUACGAACGACAGGAGGAAACUCCUCCCAGGUCAGAAGAGGUCAAGGACAGGAGGUCCAAACAGGUGCUCUCAGUUCACAAGGAGGCCAUCAAAAGACACAUUGAGAACAUGAUCUACAAUCUGCCAGAUAUUCCUUACUCCAUCUUCAAUCCCAAAGUUAUCAAGUUUGAUGAAAUUCCCAGCUUUAAGCGAAAGAAGGAAUCAUCUGAAGAAAAGCAGGCACCUAUGGUUACAGAGGAUCUGGACAUGCAGGAGGAUGAAGAUCCACAGGAAGCCGGGGAGGAUCAAGAAGUGGAAGAGGAGGAUCUAGAGAUUGAUCCACAAGUGUUUGACAACUUAGAAUGGGAAGUUGAAUGUACUGCUGAUGUAUGGAGAACCCUGAGAGACAAGAAAGUCCAACCAGAGAUGAAGCAGAGAAUAAUCCGAAAAAUCCAACUCCUAGCAAAGGGGGAAUGGAGGACUCACUUGUGUAAAGAACUAAAGAAUGUUCCACCCACUCUUAAACUGUUCGAGGUAAAACUGAGUAAAGGCGACAGGAUCAUUUGGGAGCUUGCCAUUGCUUUCUCCCCAAGACUUAGUGAGAGUGCAGAGCAGAGGCUUCAGUAUACAGAAGAUGGAGCUGGCCAACCUGUCAAAGGAGGCAGGAUUUACUCUGAGGUCAUUAGGGUGUGGGACAUAGUCCUUGACCAUGACAAGAUAUAUAGAUCAGUGCAGCGUAUCAUCAAGUCUCAUAGCCGAGGGGAGGAAUGCAUAAUUCAGAAGAAUUUAAAAGGCGUCAAACAGACCCAGUUUAUGGCUGGAGCAGGGAAGAGAUUUCCUAUGAUUUUUGCCGAGAGUGAUGUUGAAAUGGAUAAAAAAGCUCUACAGGAAUAUCAGGAGAGCUUGCAGAAAUAUUACCCUCCUGCAAGCUCCAACGAAACAGAAUACCACAUCCUUAAAUUUUAUAACUUUGAUUCUAAUUUGGUCAGCCAUGUGUUGCAAAAUUUAGAGGUUAAAGUGGAUUUCCCCUUCAGGGUGACUGAUUUAGAACAUGCCAUAAUCAACCUUAGGACAGUGGCUCCCAUUCUGUUACUGGGUCGAAGUGGGACAGGAAAAACCACCUGCUGCUUGUAUAGACUGUGGAGCCAAUAUGUGUCUUACUGGACUCGAGCAACAGAAGCUGAAUCCAAACUCCUUCCAAGAUGUCAGAUCUUCAGACAAGAGGAGGAAGACAUUGCUGAUGGAGAAGAGGAGGAAGCAGCAGAAGACCAAGAAGAAGAAACAGCAGAUGAAGAACCAGUCAGAGCAGUAAAUGAAGAAGAAAUGGAAGAAGAGGGACAGCUGUAUGACCAUCUUCAUCAAAUCUUCAUUACCAAGAAUGUAGUUCUGUGUAGUGAGGUCCAGAAAAAUUUCAGGGAGCUCAGCCAUGCCUGUGAUGUAGCUAAGAACUUUGUCACAAUGGAGGACCAGGUGCUUCCUAACAGGAUACAGGACAUUGGUGAUUUCCAGUUCCCAGUAUUCACCACAUCAAAGAAACUGCUCCUGAUGUUGGAUGCUUCCUUAGAACCACCUUAUUUCUUUGACAGAAAUGAAGAUGGAAGUUUAAAGGUAGAUGUCCAAGGAUGGUCAGAAACAGAUGGGGCUUUAAGCUUCCUCCCCAUGUUAGAAGAGGUUUCAGAUGAUGAGGAAGAUGAAGAUGAUCAAUACCAAGACGCAGAUGAGGAGGAAGAUGACAGUGAUGAAGAUCAAGAACUUGGAGCCCGUCCCCGCAAGAAAGUCGACCCAAGGAGGGAGGUCACAUAUGAAGUAUUUGCUGAGGAAGUUUGGCCAAGAAUAAGUAAGAAGUGGUCAGGGCGCUAUCAUCCAUCUCUCAUCUGGAUGGAAAUCAUGUCCUUCAUCAGAGGAUCAUUUGAAGCUCUCUCUAAGCCUACAGGAUACUUGUCUAAGCAGGAAUACUUGGAUUUAGGAAGAAAAAGGGCUCCUAAUUUCUCUGGGGAAAGAGAGCACAUUUAUGAGAUAUUUAGGAAGUAUGACCACUUCAAGAGCCAAAAGUUUCUGUUUGAUGAAACAGAUUUGGUACAAAAUGUCUACAACAGGUUUAAAAAGGAGAAAGAAAUGAAAUGGAUCAUCCAUCAGAUUUAUGUGGAUGAGACCCAGGACUUUACUCAGGCUGAAUUGUGCCUUCUAUUGCGGGUGUGUCAGUCACCAAACGAGAUGUUCCUGACGGGGGACACAGCACAGAGCAUCAUGAGAGGAAUAGCUUUCAGAUUCAAUGAUCUCCGCUCUCUCUUCUUCUAUGCCAAGAAAUCCAUGCAUGCUAUUGGCAAGGCAUCUGGUGUAAAAGUGCCAAAACAAGUGUACCAGCUGACUCACAAUUAUCGUUCCCACGCUGGUAUUCUGUCCCUAGCCUCCAGUAUUUUGGAACUGAUGGUGGAAUUCUUCCCAGAAUCCUUUGACAGACUUCAGAAAGACCAAGGUCUGUUCCAGGGACCUGCUCCUGUACUACUGGAGUCCUGUAGCUUCAGUGAUUUGGCAGUGUUGUUGAGAGGGAACAAGAGGAAGACCUCUCACAUUGAGUUUGGAGCCCACCAGGCUAUCUUAGUGGUUAAUGAUGCUGCAAGGGAUAACAUUCCAGAGGAGUUAAAUCUGGGGCUCAUUCUGACAAUCUAUGAGGCCAAGGGACUCGAGUUUGAUGACAUACUCCUCUAUAACUUCUUUAAAGAUUCACAGGCAACAAAAGAGUGGAGAGUGGUUACCGAGUACCUAGAGAAGUUGGCAUCAACUAAUGCACAAAACAAACAAAAUGCAUCCGAGAGUUUAGUGGAAAUUGAUGCAGAGGUUUUCAAGCUUGCUGACCGUCCAAGGCCAUUGGCAUUUGACCCCAACCAACAUAAGGUCCUGAAUGCUGAACUGAAGCACCUUUACACUGCAGUAACUCGUGCACGAGUCAAUGUGUGGAUCUUUGAUGAGGACAUGGAUAAGAGGGCCCCUAUGUUUGAAUACUUCAAAGCUCGCAAACUUACAAGGAUUAUCACUAGCUCAGAAGUGGAAGAUGAGACAGCAGGUGGAAUGUUUGCAGAAGAAUCAACAUCAGAGGAAUGGCUGAAGAGAGGAGAAGAAUUCAUGAAGCAUUCUUUGUAUGAGGUAGCAGCCAAAUGCUUCAAUCGUGGGAAGGACUUCCACAUGGAGAAAAUAGCCCAGGCUCAUCAAUCAGCUCUUGUUGCAUCAAGAAUGAAGGACAAUCCUGCCAAAAUGAGGGAAGCAUUCUUAAGGGCUGCUGAGAAAUUCCUGGAGUGUGAACUUCCUAACAAAGCUGUCAUCUGUCUACAGAAUUCACGUGAAAAGGAACUGGUGGCUCACCUGUACGAGAAAAUCAAUCAGCUUGAAAAGGCUGGGGAGACAUAUCGAAAACUGAAGCGUCCUGCUGAAGGGAGUAGGUGCUAUGAGCAGCUGGGAAAAUUCAAUUUGGCAGUAGAUACUUUAGUGGAGAAUGAUCUGUAUGAAAUGGCUAUUGACACACUGCAGAGAUACAAACUUCUGAAAGAGGAUUUAGAAAGGAAAAGAAUACCAUUGCCACAGAUUCUGAAAGAAAAUGCUCCAAGAAAACUGCACACAGUAGAAAGUUUGAGUUUUAAAGCAGCUGAAAUUUAUCAUCGCUCCAAGAAUAAGGAGAAAAUGAAGGCUGCCCUCAGUCGUUUGCCCAAGCUGGAGGAAAGAACAGACUUUCUGAUUCGCAAAAGUUACAUAGAAGAAGCAGCUUUCUUAUUCCAAGAAGCAGACAAGCUCAGAGAAGCAGUGGAUCUAUAUUCUAAAGGAGGGAUGAACAAGAAAGCUUUGGAGUGUGCCCAGAAGUUGGGAGAUAAGGAUGUUGUUGGACAGAGUCUGAUCCUAGACAGCAAAGUACAGCUGAGUCAGUAUGAUAAAUAUGAGGACAUUGAUGAAGAAGUGAAGAAUGAAAUCUGUGAAAAUCUGAACCAAGCAUUUUACAAUCUUCACGAUUUGGAGAACAAGGUUGCAGCAGGAGAAGCAGCUUUUUUGAGAGGAGAACUCACUGGGAAUAGAGAAUUCAUUAACAAAGCUUUUGGAGAAUUUUCUCAUUCCCGACCAACUCGAUCUGAAGCAGGACAGUUGGAGUGCAUGCAUUGGAUGGUUCACAACUCUGACUUGAUGAAUAGGACGAAUCUUCAGCAAUGUAUCAUUGGAAUGCAAAACCUCUUCCGAGUCUUGUCGGUACUUGCAAAACCAGUCAAUGAAGAAGAAAGAUAUCGCCUUCAAGAAAUCUUCAAAUUCUUUGGGUUUUAUCCUGCAGAGGAAGAGAAUAGUCUUGUUUAUUAUCCUAAACAGCUUCCAAGAGCACUACAGAUUUUGCCUCAGACUUCCAAGAAAGAUUUUAGAUGCAAAGAGAACAAGAUGAAGAUUCAGAUGGAAAUCAGCAAAUUUCUGGUGAAGAGAGGGAUUGAAUGGAAGAGGAGACUAGAAGAGGCCAUUACUACACACAGGAACAGUAGAAGUCAAUGUCCAGCAUUCAAGCUUGGAGAACAAUGUGAAGAUAAAUCUUGUCCUUACCUUCAUGUCUCUUUAACACCCAAGAGUUUUGAUCUUUUGACAGAAUUUGACAUGAUGGCCGUUGAACUUGAAAUGUAUGUUGAUCAUGGUGCAGUUGAUGUUAUUGAAAGAAAUGAAGAAGUUGGUGUGUCAUGUUUCAUUCCAGACAAAUUUAAAGAAAGAUACAAGGCAUGUGAUUGGUUGCUGGAAGAUCUUCUGCCAGUGAAUUAUCAUAUAGCAAAAAUAUCCUCAGAUGCCAAUAGGGCUCAUGAUUUGCUGAGAAAACUUAAAUACCCAAAAUUGACAUAUGUAAGGAAAAGAAUGAUAAAAUACUUAAAGAACCUGUAUGAGGAAAUGGAAAGCAGUGAGAGAAAAGACAAUAUUAAAGUGUUUGUCAUGAUUCGCUUUGUCAAUCAUUUGUUAAAUCUGCAACUCAAGCCUAAACCUGAGGAUAUUAUGUUUUCAUUCGAACAAUCAAUGGAUAAAGAAUGUGCAAAGAGAGAAGAAAGGAGAAUGAAAGAUUGGGCAAUGAAGCUUGGAUUGAUGAUAGAUGAAUAUGAGGGGAAAACCUACAUUCGUUCCAUUGCUAGAAGGUUCUGUGAUGGGUAUGAUCAAAUAAUGGGAUUCAAUAAUGAUCCAGCUGAGGCAUUGAUCCAGUUUACCAAGUUCUGUGUCCUAUUGAGCAACACUGGAAGUAUAGAACUCCUCCCUCACUAUAAUCACCUCUUCUUGUGGAUGGAGUACUAUACCACAGUUGCCUUUUCUCUGUCUGCUAAAAUUCAGAACACACCAAACUUCUUUUUUGUUAUUCCAGAGUCCUUCAUUUCAGUAGUCUAUUUCAUAGAUUCCACCUUUGUUCAUGAAAAGGGGGUACCAACUUUUGAAGCUAUUCACAGACACAGAAACUGGAAGGCCAAUGAUACUGGUCUCUUUCAAGAUCGUUUGAAAAGACUUAUAGGAAUUUUAUGUGGAUUUCGCUCAAAAAUAAACCUGGUGCGUCACAUUUUUCAAUCUGACAAUCCGGAAAAGCAAAUUGAAGAUGGCAGAUUUGGUCUUGCAGAAAGACUUCUUGUGCUUUUAUUGGUGUUUGUUUGCAAUCUGGGUAAAAGUGUUUUUCCUGAUGUAGAAACAAUUUUGAUGGGAGAGCUAUGCAAAAUCAAGGUAUGGGAGCAGUACCCUAGCAGAUUAUCAGAAGCUCUGAAACUGGUGCAGCAAGCAGAUGGACCAGCAGACGUGGCAAAAGCACUCCAGAAUCUGCUGUCAAAGAGAGAGAAUGACUCUCUGAGAUACUGUGUGUGGGAUAACAGUGUGGCAAGAAAUGGUCUGAAAAAUCUGGAGCUAAAAGCUGUGGAACUCAACAAGAAAUUCUUCCUGGAGGAGGAAACACUUCAGGCUAUGGAUAACCCUCAUGAUGUGGUCUUAAAUAAUGCAGAGACAGUUGUACAGGAUGAUGAUAUGGAUACAAAAAUUACAAUGGAGGAAAAACUGAAGAUAGACCGAAAUAGGUGGGAGCAAGAGAGGAAAGAAAAGGAGGAUAAAGCCAGCAGAAUUAUUACCGAGUUCAUACGGAGAUCCAUACUACGGACAAAAGCCCAAGUAUUAUAUUAUCUUGUAAAAGAUCAAAUAAAACGUGAAAAGGAUGAGGAGAGGAUGAAAAUGUUUGAGUCAGCACAAAUAUCAGACAGCAAAUGUGGAAUUUGUGGAGUGCAGUUACAGGAGAUGGCCCCUUACCAAGCAUUCCCUGUGGACAGACAAAUUUUCACGGAAUCUCAAACCUCACAGAAUCUUCAACCUCCCAGUCCUUUACAGCUCCCACAGCCAAGUAUUAAUUCGAUGCAGCCAAGUCCAUUUAAUCGAAGUCCAGAAGUAUUGAAGGACAAUCCAUUUGCCAAGCUGCUUGAAAAUCCUUUUGAGCUAUUGACUGAUUCUGCUCCACAAGUGUCAAUUCUGGAAACCAGAGAAGAUCAUGAACGGAGUGAGAAACACAAAGAAAUGGUGAAAUUUUACCAGCUCUUCAGAAGCAAAUUUCAGAGAGAGAUUUCAGACCCACUAGAAGAAGUGAAAAGUUUCAUUCAGAAGUAUAAAUUGGGACCAGAGGUAGCUGAAAAAUAUUACAAAGGGGAGACCUAUCUCAUCAUAAAUUGUUGUAAACAAAAGGAUUUGGUGGAGGGCAAAAUUAAAAGUAUAAUUGAGAAAUGUGACUGGCAGAAUGCAGAAAUACAGCAGGAUGUGGACAUCAUGUUGGGACUCUUCUAUGAUAUCAGGAAACAUGUGGAGGAAGAAGCAAAGAAAAGGAAAGAGAAAUCAGACAGACAGAGGGAAGAAGCUCAGCGUGCCAAAGCCAGCCCAGAGAAUUGGGAGGAUGAGUAUGAUCCCAUUGAGCCAGUGGUGGAGGAACCUCAGAGAGAAAAACGUCCCAGAGGGAGGGGGAAAAAGAAAAGCAUGACACACUGAGAGGGAAAUAAUAGAUAACACACUGAGGGGGGAUAGUAGACGAGGAAGAGACUUUAUUUUUUUAUAGUGAUUAGCAUUAAGUGACAUGACUGUAUCAUAAAUAUUUUAGAACAUGAACUUUUUCUUUGAUUGAAACAUAUUGUGUAGGUUGUUAUUACUUUAGCAAGCUUAUUUAUGUCACCCUUCUAUAUAUAAUUUUAAUUUUAUCAAUUCAAACAAAACUUGAUAUAUCCAUCUUCUGUAAAUUGAGUUUGUGUUGACAAUAUGCUGAGUUUUUAUGCAAGGUAAUGAAAAGUGGUACCAGAUAUUCUUUCUAAAAAUGUAGAACCAAAAAUUGGCAAGAAUUAUAAAGUGAAACUUGUCUAAUCUGGAUGUUGUGUAUUCCAAAAUCUUGCUUAAUACAAUGUAAGCAUUAAGUUCCUUGCAGUAGAUUCAAUUGUUUAAAAUGUUGUGUAAUCCGGAAUGUCUAAUCCAGCCAAUUUCUAUGGAAUUGUUGGUGUCCAGAUAAGACAAGUUUUACUGUAUAAAGCAUGAAUUUACAAAUGAUCAAUCAUGAUCCUGAAUCGAGGAUGAUAAGAAAAUACUGAUGUUUCAGAAAGUAUGAUCACUGUUAUUUUUUUUUUUUAAAUCGUGUGCAAACAUUGUGAUGAAUUAAAUUUUUUUGGUCCUUGAACUUCAAUGGGAUUUUUGGAAAAGAAAUGAUGAGUUUUCAUGGAGAAAUCUAAUUAAACCAUGAAAGUUUAUUUAAAGAAAUGCUAAAUCCCAGUCUACAAAUAUAUUUGUAAAGAAACUGUUUAUUAGAUUUACUCUCUAUGUAAAUUAAGUCAAGCAGUGUGAUUUGUGAUCAGUAUUUAUUUUAUUAAACGUAAAUUUGAGAGAAAAGGGAAAAAAAAGAAAAUUGGCAUUUUUUCAAAAGCAGCAAGAGCAAUUCUAUUGGGAUGAACAGUUUACAUAAUUUUUGAGACUAUGAUGGGAUGGUAGGAUUUUUUUAAAGAAAAAUUGCAAGAAAAAACAUCACCAAUAUGUACUCCAUGUCUGAUCAUGCUGAUUUAGAAAGUCCUCUUGCUCUGUGUAUGAGGCCUUUUAGAUAACUGCUGCUCUUUGUAGUUUUGAUUUGAUUCGCCUGUUAGAGGGGUAAUGAAAUAUGGUUUUGAAUGUGUUUUUCUGUUGUUAUUUUUUCUUUCAAUAAAAAAUAAGAAAAAUGUU